AUGCUGCCCGCGGCCGUCAGGAAGUGGCUGCACCGGCCCAAGCGCUCCGACCCCAGGCUGCUGUCCCAGUUCUUCUACGCCGACGAGCGGGUGACCCGCGUGGUGAUGGAGAUAAACGGGCUGGACGUGGAGACGGACCCUCAGCAAUACUUGGUGCUGCUAAACCAGCUGCACCUCAGCCAGGCUCACCUGCUGACCCUCAUCGAGCGGCUCAUGGACGAGUGCAUCCCCAAGGAGAGGCACUGCCGUGACUACCUGGCCAAGUUCCCGGAGGAGCUCCUGGUGGACAAUCUGGGGAACCACGUGCUGUUUGCAGCUGAGUGUCUGGUGGCAGGCACCGUUCUGGAGCUGGAAGAGGCGGAUGGGCUGCAGCUGCGUCCCCUGGCCAAGAACCUGCUGUGCAGCUUGCAGCUGGUGCGGAAAGUGCUGCGGGAGCAGAGCCUGAGCCAGGCCAGCACCUGCUCGGAGCCCGUGCGCAUGGCGCUGAUCCGCUUUGACACGCUCUUCGCUGAAUUUGAACUCAGCUACGUGUCCUUGCUGGUCUCGGUGAAGUCCCCGGAGGAGCUCUACAAGCAGCAGGAGAUCGUGGUGCUCUUCUGUGAGACAGUGGAGAGAGCCCUGAAACUCGGCUACCUGAGCCAGGACAUGAUUGACGGGUGCGAGCCGCUGCUGAUGUUCACCAUCCCCCGCCUGGCCAUCAUCAGUGGGCUCCUCAUCUAUCCCGAGGGGCCCCUCAGCCUGGACCGGACGCCCCAGGAGAUGUCCAGAGUCUUCAGCCCCUUUCACAGCGUGCUGAAAAAAAUCAGGGACCUGCUCCGCGUGCUGUCAGAGGAGGAGCUCGACCUGCUGGAGAAGAGCUUGUGCGCGGCCGAAUCGGAGGGUCCUUGCAGCGCAGCCUCUCCUGAGCCCAGGGGCGAAGCGGCUCCGGACACUCGUCUCCCUGCCCCCUGGUGCUCCCCAGAGCCCACCCACAACUGCUCUCUGCACCCCGCAGCUGCUGCGGGAGCCCACUGCACCAUGGCCUGCAGCGCCGGAACAGCUGCUAACACAGACGCCGGAGCCCCAGGGACUGCCAGUGGAGCCACACACAGGAGCAUGGAGGAGGCAAAGGAGCCAGUGACCCCUGGCUCAGACCCUCUCCCCGAAAGGCCCCUGAACGUGAGGACUAGUGGCGUGGAUGUGGCCUGCACUGGGUCAGCCUCGUCGGGCCUGUGGCCACCUGCUGAGGCUCUGCACCCGGGGGAACCUGGCCCAGCCGGCAAGCCCAGCAGGGACAUGCGGCCGCAGGUGCACUUGGCCAUGCCAGAGGGAGCAGGGCACGCUGGUAGCAUGGGGCCUCCCUGGGACAGAGGCCAGCAGUCCUGGGCAUGCUCCACGGGCCGUGGCCAGCUGACACUAGUGGCUUCUGGGCCACGGGAGCUGACUCUGCCAGGAGGAUGUGUGGAGGCCUGUGCCUGCGUGCGGAACGGGCGGGCGAGGCCAAGCCAGGCCCAGGCUCCCCCCCCGCUCCUGCCUGGCGACAGCAGCAGGCCCCUGGGGCAGCAGCCAGGCAGUGCCCGGGGCAGAGUGCUCCGCGGGGCUGUGCUGAGCGUGCGCCGGGCAGAGCUCCGCUCCCGCUACAGCAGCGCCCAGGACAUGAUCCACACGCUCUUCGUCUGCAUCUCUGGGGUGGCAGACCAGCUGCAGACCAACUUCGCCAGCGACCUGCGGAGCAUCCUGAAGACGGUGUUCCACAUCAUGACAUCCCAGCCCGAGGCCCCGGUGGUGACAGAUACCGGCCAGGAGGAAGAGGCGGGAGAAGCUUCGCCCUUGGCAGACUGUGCUCUGUGCUCCAGCCGCGGGGAGGGGAAUGGGACCAGGCAAGGAGACGGCACCUCCAGGCUGCCCGAGUGGGUGCCGGACGGCACAUGCAGCCAAUGCACAGCGUGUCGGGCACCCUUCACGGUGAUCCGCCGACGGCACCACUGCCGCAACUGUGGGAAGAUCUUCUGCUCUCGCUGCUCCCAGCACACGGCGCCGCUCCCUCACUACGGCCUCCUGAAGCUAGUGCGUGUCUGUGCUCACUGCUACACCACGCACCUCCCUGCCAGCCCCCAGCCCCCCAGCCGCCCCUGA